CCCCAGAUAAGUAACAUACAUAUGACGUUGGUGACAUUUGUUUCGUUUAUUGAUAACAUUUAGUGAUAAUUCGUUUAAUUUUAGAGUGUUAUUGUAGAAAACGCAUUUAACUAUUCACGAACAAUGGAGAAUGCUUCAGGUAGUCAGUCCGGCCCCAAGAACAACAUGUUGCAACAAACUCAAGAGCAAGUGAACGAGGUUGUUGGUAUUAUGAGAAUGAAUGUUGAAAAGGUUUUGGAAAGAGACCAGAGAUUGUCAGAGUUGGACAGUAGAGCUGAUGCACUUCAAGAAGGGGGUAAAAGAUUUGAACAACAAGCACAAAAGUUGAAAAGGAAGUAUUGGUGGAAAAACCUGAAGAUGAUGAUUAUUAUUGGAAUAAUAGCACUUAUAAUUCUUAUUAUAAUGAUUGUGUCAUUGACCAGUGGAGCCUCUACAAAUAAUGCUGUCAAGAACGAUGCCAAUCACAACUAAGCAACAACCUGCCUCCAACCAAAGUAUUGUAAAUUUUGUAUUUUCUAAUUUAUCUUUUUUCUUUCUGAAAGCACAGGUUUUCUAAGUCAAACAAAUUGAUAUAUUUUCAUAUUCAAAAGAAACAGUAUAAAAUUAGUUUCACUUAAUAUAUAUAUUCUCGACCAA